UACAACAUAACGGUUUCCUGAAUACGAUUCUGGGUAUGGCCCUAAGCAAUCAACAGCGACUCUAUCAAACGCUCCGUCGACAGGAAUCGGUAAUAAAGGAGCCUUAAUCCUAUUUCGCGGUGUUUUACGCAUUUGACAAUCAAUACACGACCUUACCCAAUGUUGUACAUCCGUGAACAUACCAGACCAAUAAUAGCGCGUCCUGAUUUUUUCAUACGUUUUUUCUAGGCCUAAAUGACCACCUAGCGGGCUAUCGUGCAAGGACUUUAAUAUUUCAAAACGCAAAGAAGCGGGUACGACCAGUUGAAUUUUAGUAUCAGGUCGGUUGCGGCCUGUCGGAGUCAACAAAUGAUGUAAUAUGCCAUGCUCAUAUAGUAAAAACUGGUCAACUUGGUUUAGAAUAGUUCUUGACGCUUUUUCCUCGUCUGGCAGUGUUUAUGUUUCGAGAUAUGUGAUAAGUGGUGCCAAAUUCGCGUCUUUUCGUUGCAUUUCAUGAAUUCGUGCCAUCUCGGUAGAGAGAGGUUUUAAAGCAGCUAAGGUACUAGAAUAAGCACGCCGUGAAAGGCUGUCUGCGUUGCCAUUAGCUAUCCCUGGGUGAUGUUUUAUUUCGAAAUCAAAUUGCUAGAUAAAUAACGACCAUCGCGCUAAUCUUCCGGUGACAUCUUUGACACUCAUAAGCCAUUUUAUGAUUUUAAAGCGUUAUGAUCUGUGUGCACCGUGAACUUAUGCCCAUAUACAAAAUUAAUACGGUUGAAAUUUCUUUAUACCGUCAAUUACUGCCAAGGCUUCUUUUUCUGUAGCAGAAUACGAGAGCUCGGCCGAAUUUAAACUACGACCAGCAUAUGCUAUCACAACUUCCCGGUUAUUCUGAAUUUGACCGAGGGUCAUUCCUAAUCCAUCGAAACUUGCAUAUACAUAUAAAUCGAAUUGUUUUGUGAAGUCAGGGUAACACAGAAUUGGAGCUGAUAUUAACGCCGUUUUUAAGAUAUCGAAGGCUAUUUGACAAGCAUCGGUCCAUUGAAAUUUUACAUUCUUAUAGAGUAAUUGCGUAAGUGGUUUAGCAAUUUUCGAGAAAUCUUUCACAAAACGUCGAUAAUAGUUAGCUAGGCCAAGAAAACUACGCACAUCCUUAACCUUUUUUGGAACAGGAAAGUCUUUUACGGCACUAAUCUUAUCUGGAUCUGGUUGAAUUCCUUCUCGUGAAACUAUGUGGCCCGAAUAUUUGACUUUAGGAAAGGCAAAAUGGCAUUUAGUGGACUUAAGUUUAAUAUUGCUUGUCUAAGGCGCAGAAAUACCAAAUUUAAAUGUUGUAAAUGUUCUUGAAAGGAAUGGGAGAAUAUGAUUAUGUCGUCGAUGUAUAUUAGACAUAUUUUCCAAUUUAAUCCUCGUAAGACAUUUUCCAUCAAUCGCUGAAAGGUGGAUGGUGCGUUACACAGUCCGAAAGGGAGUACAUUGAAUUGGUAUAGGCCGUCAUAAGUGGUAAAUGCUGUUAAUUCUUUUGACGAUUCGUCCAUUUCUACCUGCCAAUAUCCAGAAAACAAAUCUAAGGUGGUAAAGAAUUGUGUUUGGCCUAAUAAGUCCAAAGUUUCUUGAAUAUGCGGUAAAGGGUAAGAAUCCUUUUUUGUUACAGCAUUCAGUUUCCUGCAAUCAACACAAAAACGAGUUGAACCAUCUUUUUUUACGAGCACUACUGGACUCGCCCAUGGGCUAACUGAAGGUUCAAUAAUGUUGGCCUCAAGCAUUGUCUGGAUGUGUUCUGUUAUAGUCUCGCGUUGUGUUGGUGCAGUACGAUAUGGUCUUUGUCUUAUAGGUGGAGAACCAUCAGUAAAAAUUUGGUGUUUAACGAUGGAUGUUCGACCUAAAUCAUGUGUAUUUUGUGAAAAGAUAUCCGCAUUAUCCGAUAAAAACCCAUGUAGUUUAUUCAGUUGAUCAGUUGUUAAAUCUGGUGAAAUAUCAAAUUCAUAUUGAUUUGUUUGCUCAGGAUUCUGUUUAGUCGAUACAGAAGGGUUAUAUGUUUGCUCUGCUGAUAAGGACAUAAUAUUACUGAUCUGAUUUUGUUGAAAAAACGUUCCCAGUGUCGUAUACCUAUAAAUUUUGACAAGUCUUUUAGUAGGAUUUACCAGGCGAAAGGGGACAAGCCCUGGUGGGGAUACGUACACAAGCGCUGCGGCUCCACAAACAUUAAAUCGCUGCGGUAAAUUUGCAUUUACCUCAAUCAAACCCAUUGUUUCAGUUAAAUAAUUUUUCUUAAAUGUUGCCGGAAUGACACUUUCAGAAUUUGGUGGAAUAACAUGAGUAUCAGCCGCAUAAAUGGUAUAUCCUGAAUUAUCAUGAAUUUUAGGUUCUAUGUCUGCGAAUGGUACACCCGUUUCACCUAUUCUAAAACGCUUAAAGCGUUAGUUCUAAAAUUUAGAAUUGCGCUUUGAUGCGUCACCGGAAUGUUGCCUGUGCAUUCUAGGGAUCAUUAAUGUGUCGAAUUAUUGAGCUCAGUGGUUGCUCACUGAUUUUUAUUCACAAGAUGGCGGGCAGUACUAGCCGUUCGCUUUCUUACGAAUUGAUAAAUGAAGAGCAAAAGAAAAUCCUGCGAGAGUUUUACGAAAGAGGGAUGACGACGGCGUCCAGAAGUAUGGAGAAAGUAAUUAUAGAAGCUGCAAGUAAAGCAGGCAUCACUGUCGAUAGAGUAAAGAAAUGGAUUGGAAAUGAGAAACAAAGCAGAAAAAGAAAAUCUGCCUCAGAGGAGACUGUUUUGCCCCAGAUGUCUUGUCCAUCAAAGCGUAAAAUAACUGCCUAUAAUUUAUUUUGUUCAGAAGUGCUAAACUCAGAAGAGUGCAAGUGUCUUAGUACUAAUGCAGAAAGACUAAAACUAGCGGUAGACAAAUGGAACAUGCUUGGGACAGACCAACGUGGUAUGUGGGAUGAACGGGUAAAAGCCCUGCAGAGCAACAAUGUUAGUGGCUUGAGUGAGAAGCAGCUCAAGAACCAAAUCAAAAAGACAAAGAAACAACUUUCUUCACAGCUUGCUUAUUUGGAAAGCCUUGGUUGUGAAGUGUCAGUUUUGUUCUCAGAACCUGGUGAUGCCUGUUUGCAGCAAUUUGGGACAGAGAAAGGGCUCAAAUUUCUACAAGAAAAUGAGAAAAUCAGUGUCAAGUUUGUUGAGUAUUUGGACUCUCCCAAAAAAGUUGAAGUGAACUACAAAGUAUGUGAUGUUGUAAAACUGUUCAACCAGAAAUACAGUGAAGUUUGUGGAAAACCCUGCAGAGUUCCAUAUGCAAAAGGUGGCUUCACCGUGACAGGACUACCAGAGGGCAUUGUGUUUAAGAAACCUGGCCAAUAUGGUAUGAAACAAAUCUCUCAUAUUAUGAAAAAUGCUGACAACAUCAAAUUUGUUCUGAACGUGGUACCAACGAACAAAAUCCCAGUAUGUGAUCACGUGACUGAAACAGAAAGAGCUACAUACAGGUCGGUGUUAAAGAAAAUAAUUGAUGAUGACUCAGUAAUAUCGUCAUGUUUGCUGAAGAACAUAUUGAUAAAGGAAAGUGAUUUAAAUGUCAUUGACAUUGACUUGUCAAAGUCUGAAUUCAGUUUGGUAACUACAAAGUUAAAGGAGCUGUUUGAUGCAGAUGCCCUUGCAGCACUAGUUGCAAACUAUAAAAGUGGCGAAGCUCAUCAAGGGUACAUUCUCCCAGUUUAUACGGAUACUGAUGAACCAUAUUGGCUAUUCUACUAUCCUGGAUCAGCAGAUGGUAUUGAGUUGUUGUCUACAGAAGACAAGAUCUUUGGGUAUUGGUUGGACAAAACAAAGAAAGAGUUUACCAAUACUACAUACAAACUUCUUAAUGAGAAAACAUGUAUUGUUGGGUUAAAUGUCAUAUCUGACCAAGAUAAAGGACCCGGAACAUUGCGUCUUAAAAGGGCAAUCUUAAAUGGUCAAAUAAGCAUACCUUCCAGUUUUGAUACCUCUGUUCUAGAAUGUUUAGCAAAACAAGACUUUCUAUAAAAAGUGCAACCUAAAUUUUAAAAAUUAUGUAGCUAUCUAAUUUUAAUUGUUGUGGACAUAAUCUUAAAUGAUGUUAUAGCGCAUUGAGGCCCACAAACACCUGCGGAAAAAAGACUUUGACAUUCACAAUUUAUAAAUAUUUUA